UUGACAAUCAAUUUUUAUGAGGGGUUUAGUGAUUUUUGUUUUAUACUAUGUAACGACAGUAAUAAAAUCCUCAGCUACUCGACGUUUGGUUAACAAGAUUUGGAGUAAAAUUCUGAUCGUCAUAUUAACAUUGUAUUUUUCUGAACAAAGCGCAUUAUCUUGCUGGAAUUCUGUAAGGUUGGAUAUGAGCUCCCACAGAAAUGUGCUAAUGUGUCUUUCAUUGAUGUGAAUGAUGGCUGGAAGUUUGCAGACUCCUGAACCACUGUGUGAACAAAAUACUGAAUAGCAGCUGAUACGCUACACCACCCAGCAAUGUUUAUUAUUUGUCUUCAUAUAUAUCACAGCAGCAUUAGGAUCAUUUAACCUUUUUUUCAUUUUACAUCGAAGAAAAAUGUAAUCAUUUAUAAAUUUGAAAGUGUAUUUAUCCCAGUAAAAUCUGUACAUUGAAGAAAACUACCCACACACACCCCAGUGUAAUCAUUUCAGAAUGAGAAAAAGAAAGUGAAAUUAUACUGCUAGAUAAAAUAUGUUAGACACAUACAUUUAUACUGUUAUAUAUUGCUAAGCAUAUUGUUCAACAUUCUGAUGUUAAAUUUAAAGUAACUAAUUUAACAUCAUUGUUUAUAUAUAUAUAUAUAUAUACACUGUAACACCAUGGACAAUGAGAAAAAGAAAGUGAAAUUAUACCGCUAGGUAAUAUACAUUAGACACCAUACAUUUCUAUGUAUUUCUAUUGCUGAUUAUAGUAUAUUGCUGUACAUUCUAGUGAUUAAAUUUAAAUAACAAAAUUUAACAUCCUUGUUUAAAUAAAUAUAUAAUUAAACAGCCAUGAGUCAGAAAAUUAACACGGGGACGGGAAGCAAGGGGGACGUGUCAUACAUCCGGGCGACUCCGACCGGUUCCCUGCCACCGAUGUCGCCGCCCCUGGGCCGCGACAAGAACCAUGCCCCACAGAUGAUCGCCAUGGAUUUCGAGGUGAACCAGCGUGAGGAGCUCCUCAUGAAGGAAGUGGAGGAGGCGAGGAUCCGCGCCAGUCAGAUGGAGAAGACGAUGCGGUGGUGGUCGGACUGCACGUCCAACUGGCGGGAGAAGUGGAACAAGGCUCGCAACGAGCGCAACAAGGCGCGCGAGGAGAACCGACAGCUGCGGGCGAAGAUCGAAUCGGUCGUCAAGGAGUGUUCGGCGGUGAAGCGCGAGAAGCACGAACUGGCCUUGGAGAACGAGCAGCUGAAAAAGAGGCUCGGGAUCUACGACGAGAAGGAUAAAGUCAGCGAGGCCAGUGGGGACAGCGUCAAGUCGGGGAUGACCAAUGAGGAUAAUUUCGAUUCGUUCGCGAAGGACGGGAGCGUGAAGUCUGGAACGACGGAUGAAGAUAACUGUCAGGUGAAGGAUGCUGAUGGUGGUGGUGUUGGUGGUGUGGAUGAUGGAGAGAAGGACAAGGAUGAAGCCGAUGUUGACGAUUUGACGGUUUCAGUUCACGAUGAGGAGAACGCAAAGGACAACCGGAUGGAGCGUGAACACAAACGUAAGGUGGGGAAGAAUGUGCAGUCACAGAAUUCCAUGGCAGAGGAGAAGGUGGUUCUUCUACAGAUGAAGCUGGAUGAAGCUCAGAAGACCGUUGUAGCAGAAAGACAAGAAAAAUGUGGUCUUGUGAAGUCCAUGGACAAGUUACAAGCUGAGCUGACUGCUAUGAAAUCCAAGUAUGAAGAAUUAAGACAGUCGAGACAAGAGGCAGCUGCAGAGGAAUUACUGAGCAUUUCCCAAGAGGAAUUGGUGCUUUCGAAGCUUCGAGACGAUCACAAGGACGAAAUAGGCCGACUCACACAAGAGAUGGAGGAAGACACAAACAAUCGGUCGUCCAUGGACCGUCGCGUUGGGGAACUUCGUCGCGAGUUGGAGCGCCUACAGACUGAAAAUGCUUCCGAGUGGGGGAAACGCGAGCGACUAGAAACGGAGAAGUUGGCACUGGAGCGUGACAACAAGAAGAUGCGUAACCAGAUAGAAGACCUGGAGGAGCAACUGGAGCGUAAACACCAGCAGACGUCGGCCAUGGUCGACUGCGACCUCCGAACUCUGCAGUUUGAACUCUCGGAGAAAAAUAAGGAGUUGAAUGACCUGCGUCACACUCACGCGAAGACAAAGAAGGCUCUACAUGACCGACUGACAGAACUGGACCAUACGAAGCGCCGUGCAGAGCAGUACGAACUCGAAGUGAAGAAGUUGAGAGGCCGAGUUGAAGAACUCAAGAAAGAUCUUGCCACGGCCGAGGACGAAGUUGACACUGAGGGAAACAUGGUGCGUAAACUACAGCGGUCGAAUGACGAACUACAGGAACAAGUAGAAAACUUGCAGGUUCAGGUGGAACACCUUCAGUCACGAUUACGAAGAUCCAGUCAACCGUUAAGCACGGUUAGGGCUUCCAGCUUGAAAUCGUUCACCCUUGACGACUCAGGGGAGGCAGCGGACAGUGACGAUGACCUUGAUGAUGACACGUGACCUGCUGUUGCUAACGGCGAUAAAAUAAUCAGUCUCCAUAUUUUACUGUUGAGUGGUAAUGCUGAAAUGCUGGGACCUAAACACACACAUAGUCUCAGUGUGACUAAAUGCUGUGUUAUUGUAUAUGAUACUGAAAUGAAUGGUGUAACAUUGGUUGUAUGCGAUACUGAAAGGUUAAUAUGAAAAACACCUGAGUUUUAACUAGUUUGGAAUUGGAUAAAAAAAUUAUCAGUCAUCAGUUUGCAUUAACCGUCAGUGAUAAAUGGCUCACCAUGUACAUGGCCAAAUUAAACAACUGCUAAUUUUUAUUCAAAGCGGCUACAGCAUUUAGUUCUUGGCUAAUGAAAUGUUCCUUAAAUUGACCACAUUUUAAAUAAUUUUCAAGGAAAUACUCGACAUACAUGUAAAUAUCUGAAAAUUAGCUAAACGAAACUGCUAAAAUUUAUUAAAAGUUGCUACAACAUUUAGUUCUUGGCUAAUAAAAUAUUCCUUAAAUUAACCACAUUUAAAAAUAAAUUUCAAGGAAAUACUCCGUAUACAUGUAAAUAUCUGAAAAUUGGCUAAAUAUAACUGUUCCAGUGUGAGCCCUGGAUACUAAAUCUUGUUUCUUAAUAACAAACAGGUUGGAAGUGUGAGGGUUUUUUUCCAUAUUGACACUUUUUAAUAACUUCUGUGGGACAAAAUGGCAUAGCUGUUUGUCUCUUUCAAAUAGUAUUUAAUUUUGUUGUGUAUGAUUUGGUACACUGAGAACCACACAAUUAACAGGGAAAUAUGCUGACUCCACUGAAAAAUGCACCAGCCAGUUUUCUGAUAACGGUAAUCAGUUUUACAGGCACGUUUCACUUUCCAUCUUAUUUUUGACUAUUCCAUAUUUGUUGAGAAUUCUUAAUUUUUAGGAGUGACAGUACAUAUCUUAUGCUUUCAUCCACAUUGGUCUCAAGUCAUUCAUAAUGCUGUUAAAAAAAAUUACUCUACAAAUCUAAAUUAGGAGUUACAUUUUAAGACAAAUUUUGAGUCUAUGCUUCUAACUCUAGCACAGAUUGCUUCGCACUCAAACUGAAAUGAAUUUCGAAAGGUCAAAAGUGCGAUUGGGCUUGUUGGAAAGGAUCGAUCUUAGGGUUGUUGGAAAUGACGUGAGGUGUAGAAUACUGACAGUAGAAUUACAUGAGUUAAAAUAAAAAUCAUAUUUCAGUGUUCGAGAUUAACGGUAUCUCAAUAUCCUGGAGAUACCAGAAUUUAAUUUUGGAUACUAGACUUCAUUCAAGAACCCAGUAUCCAACCGGGAUACCAUAUAAUAUUGUUUCGUUUUUUUAAUCCUGCAUUUUAUUUUUCGCUGAAACAAUGAAAAUCGUCAUUUACUGGUGAGGUUAAGUAACAGUACACAUGUAUUUUCGAGCUUGUUAUGCCGUAACAAUAUCUCCUCCAACUCGUACACAGUCUAAUGCUACACUGGAGCAGUAAUGGCAUAGCGAUUUUGAUUGCGGUGUAGCAAUAGACUGGGAAUGAAAACAGUGUCGUCCAAGUUUGUUGCGAUGUUAUUUAUGAAUUUCAUUUAAGUGGGAUACUAAAUUCUCAACUGGGAUACUUCCCAAUUUUUUUUAUCUCGAACACUAUUUAUGGCUAGAAGUUGUGGCCUAUGAUCCUAUAUUUUGUUUUGUUUAUUGGUGUAUGCUACUGAACAUAGUAUGCAGUGGUAUUGAUAUGAGAGCGAUAUUAACCAGACAGAAAACAUUUGGCUCUAAUGUUAACAUGGUACAUGUAAUGUGAGGUGUUAGAUCUAUCUGCGAUAUGUCUUGUUUAGUCGUGUUAUCGAAAUGGUGAUACAUUUCUUCUGGAGGUAAUAUUAAAAUUGCAAUACAUUUUGUAUUACAAAUAAAAAACCCACCCAAAAAAUAGAUAUAUGUUGUAGUAAUGUUAAAGAGAUAGUACAUCUUGUAUGGUCGUGUUAUCGAAAUGGUGAUCUGGGGCGGAUCCAGCUUUUCUGAUGAGGGGGGUCCAAGACAAAAAGGGCACCAUAACAUUAUGAAAAGGCACUAUUGAAAAAUUACACACGGUUCACAUGGACCAUAAUAUAA